AUGUCCGUUCCCACAGUGAACAAGCGGGCGCGCCACCAGCCGCCACGGCCCGCUACCAUUGCGUCCCUUGACGACACUCACCGCGAGGCUUUGCUCAGGGCGAUAGGAAACGUCGCCUCCUGCGGUGUUGCGAAAGCCACAUUUGGCCAGAUAGCGGAUGGCCUACCGUUGUCAGAGGUGGACAGGGACACUUACGAUGGGACGGCGUCGAUGAGCCAUCCCCUCCACUCGUUGCAUAGAACGCUUCGCCCCGAGGCUGCUGAAAAGGCGGAACAAUUCCGGAGUACGUUUGACUCCCGGGCUCUGAAGUUUGACUCCAAGCUCUGCCGAGAGUACCAAGCCGCGGGCCCGAGGUCACGGGCGUUCAACACGUGCCUUGUUGAGCUUGUCGCCGUAUCGAUCCACCAGAUCGCUGCUUUGCUCCACGGAUCUGGUCCCGGCAGCGACCCAGACAAGGACAGGGACAUCAAAGCCUGGACUGCGCCCAGAAGCGACGACGUCUUGUGGUACACGUUCCCAGACGGCCCACCAGCAACACUAUUUCGACACAAGUGGUACUGCGAGUACGAGCAGUACCCACGUGGCGUGGCCGACGGAGUGGGAUAUUGGGCUGAGGGGCGCAUCUUUGGCGGCGUGGUGCUCUUCGACCGCCGUGAACCGGCCUCGGCACCUGCUGUUGAUUCCGAGAGUAUCUACCUUCAUCCGGACCGGCACGACGUGACCUACCGCAUUGUCAAGCUUCUGGACGAACAAAAGCAGGCACUCGUUCAGUUCCUGCUUGCCGGAGACGAGGCCCCAGUAUCUUGUCCCUUGCCUAUAAUAGUCGACAGUGAAAACAGAUACCGGGUCGAUCCAGAAGAAGACAUGCGCAGCACGGGUAUUUAUCGAGACUUAUGGGAGCGGAAACCAUGGCCGGACGACGCGUGGGACUACCGGCUCCGUGAUGUCUUUGACUCGUUGAACUGGGUCACUGAGCAGGAUUGGCUGGAUUCUGCGGCGCGAGCCAUGGACAGAAAGAUACGCAUCGACGAAGAGCAAUUUGGAGGGGACGAUAGCGAAUAG